GAAAAGCAAAAAAGAAAAACAAAAACUCAAUGAAGUUCGUUGAUUCCCCAUCCCAUCCAUCUAUCCACCCAUCCAUCCAUCUACAUGUUAUAUCAGCUUUGUUUGGCAGUCGAUGAGGUAUUUUCAAUCGGCAAGCAUUUCGCAUUUUCCGCUCACAGUUGGAGCACCAGAAACCACAGCAGUUUUCGUUCGGCACGUGUGAGGGAGAAAUUAACGAUUUUUCACCUUUUAUUACACGAAUUCUAGAGCACAUUUCUGGCACCCUCUAGAGCCAGCGAACGUAGCGAUGAGUGGGCUGCGACCCCUGAAGCCAGCACUGCAGGCGAUUGCCAUCGAGGAGCUAAAUGAGGUGCCGCAACGUGUGCCCGCAGACAUUGAGGCGCUCAGGGAGUGGGUGCUGAAGCAGCCGCAUCUGCGUGCCUGCACCGACGAACGCUUCCUCUUGGCUUUUCUGCGUGGCACAAAAUUCAGCCUGGAACGGGCCAAGGAGAAGUUUGAUCGCUUUUACACGCUGCAAUCCUCCAUACCCGAGGUGUUCAAUGCGCGGCGCCUGGCCACAGAUCCCGUGGUGCUCGAGAUACUAAGGAUGGGCGUGCUGCUGCGAUUGCCGCUGGCUGCGGACGAUCCGGGGCCAUGCGUGACCAUCAUACGUGCCGGCUCCUACGAUACCAGCAAGUACAAGUUCCAGGACAUCAUACGGCUGGGCUCCAUGUUCGGGGAGAUAAUGAUGUUCGAGGAUGAGAACGCCACGGUUAGUGGCUACGUGGAGAUCAUGGACAUGACUGGCGUCACAGGAUCCCAUCUGUUUGCCCUCCAGCCGCAGCUGCUCAGCAAAUUCUCGACCUACGCCGAUGAGGCGAUGCCCACGCGCCAGAAGGGCAUUCACUUUAUCAAUGUGCCCGCGGCCUUUGAAACGGGCUUCAACUCGUUGCGUUCCUUCUUUCCCGCAAAGAUCAAGUCAAGGAUUUCUGUUAGCUCUGACCCUGAGGCCAUAUUCCAAAUAGUUCGUCGCGAAUAUCUGCCCCAGGAGUACGGAGGAACUCGUGGCACCAUGCGAGACAUAAGCGAGGCCAUGGAAGCGAAGCUGUACAGCUAUGGCUCGUAUUUCGAAGCCGCCCAACACUUUGGCACCGAUGAGAAGUUGCGCGAAUUCGGGGAUCGGGUGCAGCACAGCCAUCGCAGCUCCUUUGGGGCUGUUGGGUCAUUCCGUAAACUGGAAAUCGACUGAAUCUAAUCGGAUCUAAUUGGAAGGGAUUAAUCAAUAAUAACAUUUUCGCUUGUGUACAUAGAUUAAAAAUGCAAUUUGACUGUA